GCGUGCGAUUCCUAGUGCGCGGCUAUGCAUCAGGAGUUCUUGUGAACGAUGGGAAUGGCAACUAUCAGAGCUAAGGGGGAGAAAAAGAGCUGGAGUGAGCAAAACAAAGAGCGAGUGUGGGCCGCAGUGACUUCAUGCCUCACCAAUGUCCCGCCCACGCUGCUUCGAGCUGUUGCUGCUGCUGCCGCCGGAGCCGCCGCGCCUGCUGGAGGCCGGGGCGAGGCGCUCGGUAGCGUGGGGCGGUUUCCUAGCAACUCGCGGCCCCAAGAGCGCACAGCUAUCGGCACAUUGGGAGCCAACCCCGUGGGCCGGGGCAGGACCACUCCUCCCCCGCCCCUCACGAGCCUCGUCUCCCUCGCAUCCUCGCUGGGUGCACCCCAGUGCGCGCCAGCUGCCCAGGUUCUGGACGGCGGGACGCCUGAGCCUCACACUGGGGCCAAAAGGCGAGAGCACGAAGCUCCCGCCCGCGAGGCCGGCCUCCUGCACCCCCGCGGAACCUCCUCUCCUGCGCUCGCGGCCGUGCGCUCCACUCCCGGCCAAGCAGGGAGCUGCGAUGCCUCGCUCUGUGUCCGCGGGCGCCGGCGGGGGCUUCUAGGGCGCUCCUGGAGCCUCCUACCCCGGCUGCUGGCACCCCGAGCUUCCUCCCUCGCCAGCCAGGACGCUGCCGCUUCGAUUUUGCCUGCUGCUCAGCUGACGAGGUUGCAAAGCUGCAACUAAAUGGAGUUGGCCUCCCUGACCACCUGUGGAAGAAGCUCCCGCUGAUUGAUGCGCCAUCGACUUUUUUCCCUUUCGGCCUCGCUGGCGUCCCCUCCCACAGAUGCAGCAUCACCCAGUGAAUGUACAUUAGGCUGGUUUUUCCCCCCAGCUUCAGGCUUUGUUUGGGUUUGAUUGUGUUUGGCUCUUCGCUAAGCUGAUUUAUGCAGCAGAAGCCCCAUCGGCUGGAGAGAAACAAAAGCUCUUUUCUUUGUCCCAGAGCGGACUGCGGAGACUUCGCUCGAGUCGCCGCCCCGGGCCAUUGGCCGUCGGAGGAGGUGCUUCUCGCGGCGGUCGCGGGACCCGCCGUGCCGAGCUGGGAGGGCCGCGGGGGCCCUGAGAUGCCGAGCGGUGCCCGAGCCAGCGUACCUGUACCGCUUGCUCCGAGCCGCGGGGUCCGCCUGCCGGGCCUGCGGGAAAGGUCCUAGCGACACUUGGCCCGCGGGGACCGAGGUGCGCCCGGGAGGCGCGAGCGCGCAUCCGGAUAGCAGCCAGGCAGCGGGCGCGGUGCGGGCUGCUUUGCAUUAUGUGCCGCUCGACCCUGGCUUUUUUUACUGCCGCAUUUGUCUGCCUGCAAAACUGCCGGCCAGGUCCUGCCCCAUUCCUUCGGGCGGCCUGGGUGUUUUCAGUUGUUCUUGGACUGGGCCAAAGUGAAGACAAUAGAUGUGCAUCUUCAAAUGCAGCGUCCUGCACCAAGUGCCUUGCGCUGGGUCCGGAAUGUGGAUGGUGUGCACAAGAGGAUUUCAUUUCAGGUGGAUCAAGGAGUGUACGUUGUGAUAUUGUUUCCAAUUUAAUAAGCAAAGGCUGCUUGAUUGAUUCGAUAGAAUACCCAUCUGUACAUGUAAUGCCAAGUGAAAAUGAAAUUAAUACCCAGGUAACACCAGGAGAAGUGUCGAUCCAGCUGCGUCCAGGAGCUAAAGCUAAUUUUAUGCUGAAAAUUCAUCCUCUGAAGCAAUAUCCUGUGGAUCUUUAUUAUCUAGUUGACGUCUCAGCAUCAAUGCACAAUAAUAUUGAAAAAUUAAAUUCCGUUGGAAAUGAUUUAUCUAGAAAAAUGGCAUUUUUCUCCCGUGACUUCCGCCUUGGAUUUGGCUCAUAUGUUGAUAAAACAGUUUCACCAUACAUUAGCAUCCACCCAGAAAGGAUUCAUAAUCAAUGCAGUGACUACAAUUUAGACUGUAUGCCUCCCCAUGGAUACAUCCAUGUGCUGUCUUUGACGGAGAACAUCACUGAGUUUGAAAAAGCAGUACACAGACAGAAGAUCUCUGGAAAUAUAGAUACGCCUGAAGGAGGUUUUGAUGCCAUGCUUCAGGCAGCUGUCUGUGAGAGUCAUAUUGGAUGGCGAAAAGAAGCUAAAAGAUUGCUGCUGGUGAUGACAGAUCAGACAUCUCAUCUUGCUCUUGAUAGCAAAUUGGCAGGCAUCGUGGUGCCAAAUGACGGAAACUGCCAUCUGAAAAACAACGUCUAUGUCAGAUCAACAAGCAUGGAACAUCCCUCACUAGGCCAACUUUCAGAAAAGUUAAUAGACAACAACAUUAACGUCAUAUUUGCAGUUCAAGGAAAACAGUUUCAUUGGUAUAAGGACCUUCUACCCCUCUUGCCUGGCACAAUUGCUGGUGAAAUAGAAUCAAAGGCUGCAAACCUCAAUAAUUUGGUAGUAGAAGCCUAUCAGAAACUCAUUUCAGAAGUGAAAGUUCAGGUGGAAAACCAGGCAAAAGGCAUCUAUUUUAACAUUACUGCCAUCUGCCCAGAUGGGACCAGAAAGCCAGGCACAGACGGAUGUGGAAAUGUGACAAGCAAUGACGAGGUUCUUUUCAAUGUAACAGUUACAAUGAAAAAAUGUGAUGUCACAGAAGGAAAAAGCUAUGCAAUAAUCAAACCUAUUGGUUUCAAUGAAACCACUAAAAUUCAUAUACACAGAAACUGCAGCUGUCAGUGUGAUGACAGCAGAGGAUCUAAAAGGAAGUGUGUAGAUGAAACUUUUCUAGAUGCCAAGUGUUUCCAGUGUGAUGAGAAUAAAUGUCACUUUGAUGAAGAUCAAUUUCCUUCUGAGAGUUGCAAGUCACACAAGGAUCAACCUGUUUGCAGCGGUCGAGGAGUCUGUAUUUGUGGGAAAUGUUUAUGUCACAAAAUUAAGCUUGGAAAAGUGUAUGGAAAAUACUGUGAAAAGGAUGACUUUUCUUGUCCAUACCACCAGGGAAAUCUGUGUGCGGGGCACGGAGAGUGUGAAGCGGGCAGAUGCCAGUGCUUCAGUGGCUGGGAAGGGGAUCGGUGCCAGUGCCCAUCAGCAUCAGCCCAGCACUGUGUCAACCCAAAGGGCCAAGUAUGUAGUGGAAGAGGCACAUGUGUAUGUGGCAAGUGUGAGUGCACCGAUCCCAAGAGCAUCGGCCGCUUCUGUGAACACUGCCCCACAUGUCACACAGCCUGCAAUGAAAACUGGAAUUGUGUGCAAUGCCUUCACCCUCACAAUCUGUCUCAAGCUAUACUUGAUCGGUGUAAAACCUCAUGUGCUCUCAUGGAACAGCAUUAUGUAGACCAAACAUCAGAAUGUUUCUCUAGCCCAAGCUACUUGAGAAUAUUUUUCAUCAUCUUCAUAGUUACAUUCUUGAUUGGGUUGCUUAAAGUCCUUAUCAUUAGACAGGUGAUACUACAAUGGAAUAGUAAUAAAAUUAAGUCCUCAGCAGAUUACAGAGUGUCAGCCUCAAAAAAGGACAAGUUGAUUCUGCAAAGUGUUUGCACAAGAGCAGUAACUUACCGACGUGAGAAACCUGAAGAAAUAAAAAUGGAUAUCAGCAAAUUAAAUGCUCAUGAAACGUUCAGGUGCAACUUUUAAAAGAUAAAAAGUACUUUAUAGGAAACUGAACUUUUAGUAUUGCUCCUAAAAAUUAUAAUUUUAGAAGUCACAGGAGGAGACAAAUUGUUCCAGAUCAUGCUGAUUGCUGGUUGUCCACUCAAAUGAAGACUGACAAGCAUCCUCAUCACCAUGUGACUCAUAUCGCUGCUGAAUUUUUCAGAGAAAAAUGUGUCUUACUACUGUUUGAGACUAGUGUCAUUGUAGCACUUUACUGUAAUAUAUAACUUAUUUAGAUCAGCAUAGAAUGUAGAUCAUCUGAAGAGCACUGAUUACACUUUACAGGUACCUACUAUUCCUAUGCUUCCCAGAGAGAGACAAGGCUGUGAGAUAGUUUCGGCAUUGUGUCACUACAAGGGUAUAAUAAACCCUGCACUGAACAUUUGGAUGAAAAAAAUAAUAAUGCAGUUAUACUAAUGUUGCCAAACACUUAAACAAUUGGCAGUGAACAGACAAGAACAGCUAAACGAAUAAUGGCUAGUGUUUCACUCAUUCAAGAGGUGAACAGAUAAAAUGUUAAUCUUGAGGGAUAUUGCUUUUGAAACUGUGUAGUUUGAUGCAUGUGUGUUUAUGUUUUCUUCUUUUUACAAGAUGGAUACUAAUUCCAACAUUCUCUCCUCUUUGCCUUUAUAUUUUGGUUUUCUUUCUUACAGGAUAAGUUUAUAUAUGUCAUAGAUGACUGGAUUAAAUAAGUGCUAAGUUACUACUGCCAUAAAAACCUGAUAAUACAAUGUCACUUUAUUAGAAUACUGGCUUUAAAAGCUGAAUAUUUAAUAAGGGACACUGUAAAGUAACAUCAAAAUCUGAACAGCUUCGUUGUUUGCAGAUGUAGAGUUUUAUAUCUUCUUAUCUGGUAAACUGGAUAGAUUCUUCACCACUUCAUUUAUCUAAUCAUCAGGUUGAAAUUCACAAGAUAUUUAGAAACUCUGCCUCAAACAAAGUGCCACAGUUUUUAAUGAUUUUUCUUAGAUAUUUACUCCAAGCUGAUAUUAGCAUUUCUUACAUUAAAAGCUAUAUUAUUUUUGCCCUUCAAUAAAGCCUAAGGACGUUCUUUCCCUGAAUCACCUCAACUCCACUCACCAGAAUUCUAAAAGUAUACAAUUGGAGGAAGAUAGACAAUAUCUUAGAAAUAAGCUAAUUCACCCUUUUAGUCAGUCAGGAAACCGAGGCUCAGAAAGUUUAAAUGAUUUCUCAAAAACCACCCAAGUGAUUAAGCGGCAGCAUUUGAAGAGAACUUCUAUCUUCUUACCAGGUCAGUGUUCAUUGCACAAUAUCAUGCUACCUCUUAAAUCUUUAAAAUGUUCAAUUGGCAAGUAUUUUUAAAUGUGUUUUACUCAAGUCUUAAGUAUAUGGGCAUGAGAAAAUUACAAAGCAAAGCAGAAAAGAGUAAUUCAAACUGAAAUGUCCAUGAUUGGCUUCCAGUCUUUCCUGCUAAUUAGCUUCCGAGAGACUUCAGCAUGGCCUAACUUCAGGGAAACCCAGUCAUACCAUAGCCUGUGUGAACAGUGCCCCCUGGAGUUGUGUGGUGUUCAGCCCAAGAGCUUGAUACUACAGAGGCCAUGAACAUUUAACUUCCCCAAUGGAAACUUCUUCACAAUUACCAUAUCCCUAUAGACAUACUCAGUCUGAUUUUAUUGACUAGAAGCCCAACAGUCCUGUGUGCAGUACAGAGCUUUGCCUAUGAUAAAAAAAGGAAUUUAUUUAAAACAUCUUUUUAUAAUUAUCUUCUCAGAUUUGUUGUCUUCCAGCACUUGAGUUGAUCAAAUUACUAGAUAUUUGCAUUUCAAUGAAAACUAACCCCCACUCCAUAUUCUACCAUAAAGAGGAUUUAAAAACAUAUAAUAAGUUGUUCUGGAGCCAACAAACACAGCAGCUCCAUUAGCCGUCCCCUACAGAGAAGCAAUUAUGACGCUAAGUUGAACUGUAUUUCCUUCCCCAAAUGAGAGAUUGGGGACAUUAAUAUAAUUCAGUAUGGUGACUCACUUGUGUAAAAUACUUUUAAUCACCAAGGAUAAUUUAAAAAUCAUAUUUUUUGGCUUGCCUGUCACAUACAGCAUCCUUUUUUAAAGGAAAAUAAAUGGUAGACAGCCCCUCAAAAGGGAAAAGUAAAAAAUAUCCAUUCAUUAAAAUGUUGACAUUUUAAAAAGUGAACAUUACAAUGUUCAUAAACUAAUUUCCAUGUGGUAUGAAUUAUCCAAAAGAGCAUAAUAAAACGAAACCCUUAAAAAUCAAGGAUUUAUAUUUUUACACUCUGACUAGUUUGCACUAAUUGAUAACAGACCAAGGCUGUUAUCUUAGCAAGGGACAAACUUCCUGAUAGGCAGUUCAAUGCUAGAUGAUGAUUGCAGUUAUGUUUGUGAUGUCUUGUUCUUUCUUUUUUUACUUAAAGGUCUAAUUCUUAAACAUUUUAGAGCUUAUAUUUUACUUGAAUAAUUGAUAUUUUCCUGUAUAAUGGCUUGUGAGAAGAGAAUUAAUGUUUGACUAGCUAGAAUUAAUUAAAAGGUAAGGGAGAACAGGGUAUUCUUAGAUUAAAUAAUUUAUGUAAAUAGAACCUAUUUUCAACUAAUAUGACCACAGGAGCCUUUUGAGAUUCACUGAUAUUAAACACAAGUAAAGAAAUUUUAAAUAGUUAACAAAGUUAAGAACUUGAACACUUUUUGGUACGACAGUAUUUCUGUGCCCUAAAGUAUUGUAAUGAUUUAGAAAUGUGCCAUAUAUACACUACAAUAUAACUCCAUGCAUUUUAUUUCUCUGGGGACAUCUUUACACUGCAGUGUACAUGGAUUUACAAGCAUUUUGAUAUCUUUUUUGGAAAUUUAUUAAUAUUUAUGAAGUCAUAGGUAUUCUCUGCAAGACUCAAAAAUUCACUAAAAAUCUUACUAUGUUCUAAAUGUUCAAUUUAGCUUUGGUUUAUAAAGAUUAAAAAAGUCUAAAGUUAAACAGAAUAGAUUUCUCUGGAGACAAAUUUUUUAAAACUCAAAAUUAGUGGAUACAUCAGAUGUAAGACUUCACUAAAGAAUAAAUUCCAAGUAUUUUUAAAAUAUAUACUUAAUCUUCAUUGAAGAUAUUCAUAUGUAAUGACAACAGGCAUCCAUGAGACACUGAAAUAUGAUUAUGAUAGACUCUGAAAAUUUUUCUCCAUAGAAUUAUAUUCCUCCUGGUACCUGGCAUAGUAAAUGAGACUCAGUGGCUUUUCCUUCCUUUCUUUACUCUUUUUUCCACUCACUUCUCCUAAGAGAUUGCCCUAAAACUUCAAGCUCAAAAAUCCUAAUUGUGAAAAAUAAAUGUAAUGAUAUAAUGAAGUUCUUCAUUUUCAAACAUCUCAAUGAUUUUAAAACUCAUUUGAUUCUAUGCACCUGAAGAAAGACAGACUCAUUAAAAACUAAGAAUUUUAAAUUUUUACAACUGUUUGAGCUUUUCACUUUUAAAGGAUUUGAGAUCUAUAUAUUUUAAUAAAAGUAUCAAGUGAAAUAUAGCUACUUGAGAGUUCAAUCAUGUGCAUAUUGUAUUGUUCUAUUUACUCUUAACAUUUAAGUUAGAACUAUCCUUAUCUAUAGUGAACUUAAGAACUCCAUUUCAUGCAAUUUAAACUGAUAUAUAUUUUCAAAGAAACUAGCGUUCUUUCAGAUCACUUCCCUUUUCUUUUAUAAUUCCUCUAUGGCAAAUUUAUUAUGGGUAAUUGAUUAUACAUAUUUAUAUAUCAUUGAUUCUAAGACAUCCACUUUUUCAAUUUAAUAUCUCUGAAAUUGUGAUGUAUCUUGCAAUCGUUGGCAUCUUAGAUGCAGUGUUUAAGGUUGUGCUUGAGUAAAUAUUACACUAAUUCAUCUUUAACUAAAUGUUCAAGGGUAUAGGGACAUUCCUUUUCUUAUAAAUAUUUGAGAACCCAUAUGUGAUAACAUAGGAAGCCAAUUUUCAGUAUAACUGAAUCACAUGCAACUCAACGUGGAGACUCACCGUCUGACUUCAGCUCAGAUCCUGCAGACCUUUAGGUUGUAAAAGCUCUUUCAACCUCUCGUUUAUACUUCAUGCUAGGUUUCUCCCAGUUUCAUUAACAAAUUUUUAUUCUUUCUAUUCCUUUCUAAGGAAUACUUUCAUAUGAUCAUCUCAUUUUCACACAGAAUGAACUGGAAAAAUAUUACAUGAAACCAUCAUAAUUAGAUUUUGCAGCAUCUUGUAUGUCUUCUGUCAAUGACAGGAGAAAAAUAUGA